GAAAGAGUGGAGAGGUGCUCUAAAAGUAAAAUAGUCUUAGGAUAUUCCCAUGCGCCGCACCGUCGUCAUCUGUGCGGCAACCCCUGAGCGGUACACAAUCCUAGGUACAACCCACCCACGCCCAAAACGUACGGGCUUCGGCCGAGACAAUAAGAUGCGCUCCAAACCGAGUGACAACGUGGCCUGGUAUGAUAAGGGUCCAGUGGAGUGGCUCCCGCGUCCUGUACGCCUAACAUACGACCACUUAGACCGCCUACGCGACUGGAUGAUGCGUGAGACCCUUGAUGGUCGUACACAGGAAUUCAACCGAAUACGUGCGCUGCACCGAGAAUGGUCCCAACAUGUGUUGAUGCCGGUUCUUGGGGAUGUUGAGCCCAAGUUCCCGACUAACUUAUUUAAACAAAAUCACUGUGCCAAGCGACGCUUUUUGGUUCGCUGGCACAAGGCUAACACUCCACAACACUGGGUAUGGAUGCCACGUGGCCCAGCUAUGGUGACCCCACUGCAUCGCUCCAAUCCAUCGCAGUUCCCUGAAAAUUGGCGGCAUCUUAUGCGUCACAACAGCCUGAGUGGUUCAUUGCAGUCCAACGAGGGAUAAGGAAAGGAGGGAAUGUCUGCCUAAGCUGUAUUGGGGGCGUUUCACUACCAUUGUUACCUAUCAAUUUCAUGUGAGCCUAACAUGUGGGUAAUGGUAACUAAUUCAAACAGAUUUUUUGUAAGUUUUUCCUUUCUGUGCUUACUAAAAUCAUAGUGAUUUAAUGACAUUUGUAACAAGAAGAAAGUGGGUAGCAAUGUAUAAGACAAUGAAUCCAUUUGUCUUUCUGAUGGUCUUGAGGAGAAACUAAAGGAGCAUUCGUCUUCAUUCAGUUCUGUCCAUGGACUGCCCUUUGGUUCUUUUUUUAGUCUUUUGCACUCCAAUUUCUCCUACGUUUUGGAAGGGGAGGGUACAGUAUCAAUUGUAUAUGCUGUUAGGUAUCGUACUUCAAAUGCCCGUCUGCGGUAUAUGUGGAU